GAAGGCGGUAAAAUGGCUCGUUGGUGAAGCGGCCGCCGGAGACUGAAGGCAGAUAUUUCAGAUUUUACGGGUUUAAUCUGAGUGUAAACCCGUUUCCGAGCGCGUUGAGCUGCUGCUGUGAGCCGAACCCGUCGGCAGGGGAGGAUGUUUGUGGCCCGGAGUAUCGCCGCGGAUCAUAAAGAUCUGAUCCACGAUGUUUCGUAUGAUUUCCACGGGCGGCGAAUGGCGACCUGCUCCAGCGACCAGAGCGUCAAGGUUUGGGACAAAAGUGACAACGGAGAAUGGCACUGCACAGCCAGCUGGAAGACUCACAGUGGCUCAGUGUGGAGGGUGACGUGGGCUCACCCGGAGUUCGGACAGGUGCUGGCGUCCUGCUCUUUCGACCGCACCGCCGCAGUGUGGGAGGAAAUAGUCGGUGAAUCCAAUGACAAACAGCGUGGACUCAGUCACUGGAUAAAGAGGACCACUCUGGUGGACAGCAGGACGUCGGUGACGGACGUGAAGUUCGCCCCGAAGCACAUGGGCCUGGUUCUGGCCACCUGCUCUGCGGACGGAGUGGUGCGCAUUUACGAAGCCCCGGACGUGAUGAACCUCAGCCAGUGGAGUCUCCAGCAUGAGAUUUCCUGCAAGCUCUCCUGUUCCUGCAUCUCCUGGAACCCCUCCAGCUCCCGUGCUCAUCCUCCUAUGAUCGCUGUUGGCAGUGACGACAACAACGUGACGUACAGCGGGAAAGUACAAAUCUAUGAAUACAAUGAAAACACCAGGAAGUACGCCAAAGCAGAAACGCUAAUGACUGUUACAGAUCCUGUUCACGACAUCGCCUUUGCUCCGAAUCUCGGGAGGUCUUUCCACGUUCUCGCCAUAGCAACCAAAGAUGUCCGCAUUUUCAAGCUUAUACCGCUCAGGAGAGAAAAUGCCACCAGCUCCGGCCCCACUAAGUUUGAGGUUCAGGUGAUGGCUCAGUUUGACAGCCACAACUCGCAGGUGUGGCGCGUUAGUUGGAACAUCACCAGCACCUUGCUCGCCUCCUCCGGAGACGACGGCUGUGUUCGCCUGUGGAAGGCUAACUACAUGGAUAAUUGGAAGUGUACGGGGAUCCUGCGCGGUGACGGAAGCCCAGUGAACGGCUCCUCAGGUCAGGGGACGGCCCUGAGCGCCGUGGGGUCGGCCGGAGCUCAGAGUCAGAACAGCGUGGUUGGGGCAGCGUCUGCUGGCAGAAAAAAAGCUCAGCUGAUGCCAGGCUAACGACGGCUGGCUGCUUGCUGCAUGCACACACGCACAGACACACAGGACUGGAAGAGAAUCCCCCCCUCGACGCCUCCACAGACACCUCAGCCUCCUCCAGAUACUAAUCCAACCGUGUGCCGACUGCCUUCAGUGUGAGACUGAAAGAAGUGCAGACUUGCUGAUUGUGUGUUGUGUUUGGUGGCACUUACUUUCCUUCUUUGUGUUUUGGUUUAAUCUUAAUGAAAGACCUGAGUGUUUGUUAAUGUUACGCUGCUCAGCCCAGGA